UCGUGGGGUCCCCACCGCCUGGCGCUGCUCGUCCCAUUCCGGGAGCGCUUCGAGGAGCUGCUGGCCUUCGUGCCCUACAUGCACCGCUUCCUGAGCAAGAAGAGGAUCCGCCAUCACAUCUUCAUCCUCAACCAGGUGGAUCAUUUCAGGUUUAACAGGGCGUCCCUGAUCAACGUGGGCUUCCUGGAGAGUGGCAACAACACCGACUACAUUGCGAUGCACGACGUCGAUCUCCUGCCCCUCAAUGAGCAGCUGGACUACGGCUUUCCGGAGGCAGGGCCUUUCCACGUGGCAUCCCCAGAGCUACACCCGCUCUACCACUAUAAGACCUAUGUGGGUGGCAUCCUGCUGCUCACCAAGCAGCACUAUGAGAUGUGCAAUGGCAUGUCCAACCGCUUCUGGGGCUGGGGACGGGAGGACGAUGAGUUUUAUCGGCGUAUCAAAGGAGCCGGUCUCCAGGUUCGCCGUCCCUCUGGAAUCACGACUGGAUACGAGACUUUCCAGCACCUGCAUGACCCAGCCUGGAGGAAGAGAGACCAGAAGCGUAUUGCUGCGCAGAAGCAGGAACAGUUUAAGGUGGAUCGGGAGGGAGGUCUGAACAACGUGAGGUACCGAAUCGAGUCACGGACUGCUCUGAGUGUGGCAGGAGCCCCUUGCACCGUCCUUAAUAUCUUGCUGGACUGUGACACAAGUGAGACCCCUUGGUGCACGUUUGGCUGAGCCAGUCUCCCGUGUGCCAGUCAUGUGCGCUGUGCUUGUGCCAAGAUGCCGGGGCUGCCACCAAGCUGCUUGGAGCAGGCAGGAUUUUUGCAGCGGACGAGCAUGGCAGUGCUGGUGAGACACAGAAGAACAGAAGAGGCCGAGAACCGGGCUUUGCUGGGACCAACAGAAGAGGCUGAGAGCGGCUGUCGCUGCGGGUGCUGGUGCUGCCUCCCAGGGCAGGUGCAGGAGGCAGUUUUCCUGCGCUGGACAUGGCUGAGCUGCCACCCAGCUCAGAGGACAAUAAAGAACUAUCAGGG